AUAAUAUUGGCAAAUAAUGUCUGAGUAUUACGAUGAGGAAUUUGGAGAAGUAAAUCAUUCUAAAUAUUGAAGCUUGGAUUAGUAAUUGGUGAUUUUAACAUUCCUUAAAGAGCUGCUGAUUUACCACCUUAAUUUAAAGAUCUUCUUGUACCAAAUAAAGUCCAAUACGUAUUUUGUACAGGAAAUGUGGGAAACAGAGAAACUCAAGAUUGGCUUAAAACAUUAUCAGGAAAUACUCACUUUGUAAAGGGAGAUUUCGAUGAAGUUAAAGAUAUACCUGAAACAAAGGUUGUAUAAAUUGGAUCAUGGAAGAUGGUGAUGGUACAUGGUCAUUAAGUAAUAAUAAUAUAAAUAUAUAUAUUUAGCUUGUACCUCAUGGUGAUGAAGAAUCUUAAUAUACAUUUUUAAAAGAGAUGGAAGGUGAUGUUCUCAUUACAGGACAUACAGGUGUUGCUAAAGUAACAGCUGUAGAGAAGAAAUAUAUUAUCAAUCCAGGAUCAGCAACUGGAGGAUUUAAUGGACAAUAAACGUAUAAGUUGUAUGAAUAUUAUAAAGUUCAAUUCCAUCAUUUUUGAUAUUAGAAUUCAAGAAAGAAAAAUUACAAGUGUUCAUUUAUACAUUAGAUGGAGAAGUCAAGAUAGACAAACAAGAAUUGCCAUUAUAAAAGUGAUAUAUAAUCAUAAUAAUAACAACAAAUGAUAUUGUG